AUGGAUGGAGGAGGCCAGUAUCCGCCCUUCUUUGAUGCUUGUAUUGCAGGUGGUAUUGGAGGUUCAACAGCUGAUUUCAUUAUGCACAGUGUGGACACUGUGAAGACUCGACUUCAAGGACAGCCCCACAGCCGCGUGCAGAAAUAUACAAGUAUGGUGCAAGCAUACAAAAUGAUAUUCAAACAAGAAGGCGCCAUGAGAGGAUUAUAUGCUGGCGUAACACCUGCCAUGAUUGGAUCAAUUCCUGGUACAACGCUGUAUUUUGCCAUCUAUGAAUUAACAAAGAGAACAUUGAACGAAACGAGUGUGCCUGAAGUUGUGUCUCAUUUAACAGCAGGUUCACUGGGUGAUCUUGCAGCAUCUUUCAUCUAUGUGCCUUCAGAAGUUUUGAAGACCCGUUUGCAACUACAGGGGAGAUACAACAACCCUCAUUUUGUGAGUGGAUACAAUUACAAAAACACAUGGCACGCAACGACAAUGAUUGUCAAAUAUGAUGGAUUUGGUGCGUUAUUUCAUGGAUUUAGAGCGACGAUUUUAAGAGAUGUACCCUACUCAGCGAUACAAUUUGCAUGUUACGAACAAUUCAAGAAAUUUGCUCAGAGCAAGUUUACAGCGUCUGGCGAGCAUUUACCCAUUGGCAUAGAUAUGCUCACAGGUUCUCUUGCAGGCGGCAUCGCUGGUGCCAUCACGACACCACUAGACGUCAUGAAGACAUUAUUACAAACACAACAAAGCAGCAGUGCCACUCUGAAAAAGAAGCCAACGCUCGCAGCAGCUGUUGCAGCAACACCUACAGCAAAUCCAGUCAAAUUACUGGAUCCACCUGUCAAACAUUACAAUGGCAUCAUGGACGGCAUGAUCUGGAACUACAAAAAUCAAGGAUUAGCUGGUUUAUUCAGAGGAAUUGGUCCCCGUGUGUUUUGGACCAGUCUUCAGAGUGCUAUCAUGUUUGUCGUCUAUGAGCAAGUGUUGCAUGUUCAAUCAAAUCUAAGGGAAAUUGAUGAAUGGCCACCAACAAAAAUAGCUGAAAAGUUCGUGUAA